UUUUGGCCAUAUGGUUUUGGCCAGUAAGCGUUUGAUCAGCCCAAAUGGAGGAUUAGGUGCGGGUAUCUGGCAACCGGCCCUUAGCUCUGACGUCUACGGGCUCGUAGUGCAGUGUGCAUCUGGAAGUUGACGCCAUCAUAAGUGUAAAGCUAGCCUUCAGCUCAGCCUGUCGUUGUGUUAGAAGAUAUCCUGUUCAUAAUACAGUUCGGCCCGUUUGGUUUCUGUCGAGCGUCUGUAAAGUGUGAUGGUGUUGUUAACCAGUGAACGCGUCUAGGCCCGCCGCAGUGUUGUUGUCGUUCACUCAGGCCAGCAGCAGGACCUAUUUUCAGAGCACAUAUUAGCAAGCUGGAGUCUUAAGAAGCUGCGAAGGAGCGGUGGGAAGCUACAGCCAGCUAGCGAGUCCGCUAGUUAGCUGGUGAUUAAAGCGGCAGACACUUGCUGUGUGAGUAAGUAAAGCCUCGGUUGUGUGCAGAACCACACACCUGUUAGUUGUUUUCGCUGCUGUCAGCUGUGAAGGUGCUAACGGACCGGAGCCAAGGAGCUAGCAAGCGCUGCAAAGCUAACGUCAACCCCGCUGAGAAGCCCACUGGAUUUAAUGCUAACAGCUUGAUAGCCUGCCGGGAUUGAGCUGUCAAGGCGGUGUCUGGUAAACCAGAGCUGGCAUCGUUACAUUCCCCGUCUAUAACAGCAGGCUGCUGGGCCUGACAGCUGAGAUGUCAGAGGGGGAGACUAAACAGGCCCCGGACAAUGCCCAGGAGGGGAAGCCGGAGUCCAUGGCCACUGCUCCCACAGGCCAAGGAGUGUCAUCCGUGUCCCCACCAGUGUCCAUGGUGACCCAGACCCCCGCCGCCGCUGCCACAGAAGAUGAGGAAGAGGAGAGCGAGGAUGAGUCGGAGAUUUUGGAGGAAAGCCCGUGUGGACGAUGGCAGAAACGCAGAGAGGAGGUGAAUCAGCGCAAUGUCCCAGGGAUCGAUAAUGCUUACUUGGCCAUGGACACAGAGGAAGGAGUUGAGGUGGUGUGGAAUGAAGUCAUGUUUUCUGAGAGGAAGAACUUCAAAAUGCAAGAGGAAAAAGUCAAAGCUGUGUUUGACAAUUUGAUACAGCUGGAACAUUUAAACAUUGUGAAGUUCCACAAGUACUGGGCAGAUGUCAAAGAGAACAGAGCCAGGGUCAUUUUCAUCACUGAGUACAUGUCAUCAGGAAGUCUGAAACAGUUUUUGAAAAAAACCAAGAAGAAUCACAAAACUAUGAAUGAGAAGGCCUGGAAGCGCUGGUGCACACAGAUACUGUCUGCUCUCAGUUAUCUGCACUCAUGUGAACCUCCAAUCAUCCAUGGUAACCUUACCUGUGACACCAUCUUCAUCCAGCACAACGGCCUCAUCAAGAUCGGCUCAGUCGCUCCAGACACAAUUAAUAACCACGUAAAAACCUGCCGGGAAGAACAGAAGAGCCUUCACUUCUUUGCUCCAGAGUAUGGAGGUAAGACCCUGAAUCUGAUGUUCAUCUCUGAUAGCACCGAGCUCUGUGAUACCAAUAAUACGCCUAUGUUUCCAGCUGUUGCCAACGUCACCACAGCGGUGGAUAUCUAUUCCUUUGGAAUGUGCGCCUUAGAGAUGGCUGUAUUGGAAAUCCAGAGUAAUGGGGAGUCGUCCAAUGUGUCCCAAGAAGCCAUAAACAGUGCCAUUCAGUCCCUCGAGGACCCAUUGCAACGGGAAUUUAUCCAGAAGUGUCUGGAGAUAGACCCCAGCAAGCGACCCACUGCCAAGGAGCUGCUGUUUCACCAGGCCUUGUUCGAGGUGCCCUUACUGAAGCUGCUGGCUGCACACUGCAUCGUCAGCCACCAGCACAUGAUUCCAGAAAAUGCUUUAGAGGAGAUGACAAAGAACAUGGAUCCCAACCUGGUAAUUGUGGAGGCCAAGGACGGCGUUCAGAUGAAACUCUCGCAGUUUCCCGCCCUUGAGCUGGACAAAUUUCUGGAAGAUGUGAGGAACGGGAUCUACCCUCUCACUGCGUUUGGGAUUCCCUGUCCGCAGCAGCCUCAGCAGGAGGCCGUUAAGUCCCCCAUAGUCCCCCCCUCAGUCAAAACCCCGACUCCCGAACCGGCCGAGGUGGAGACCAGGAAGGUUCUUCAGAUGCAGUGUAACAUUGAGCCAGUCGAUGAGGGCACAAAGCACCAUCUGACGCUGCUGUUGAAACUUGAAGACAAACUGAACAGGCACUUGAGCUGUGAUUUGUUACCAAAUGAGAACGUGCAGGAGCUGUCUGUGGAGCUCGUUCAGCUGGGGUUCAUCAGUGAGGCAAGUGGAGGAGACCAACCGCGGCUCGCGUCCGUUCUUGAGGAGGCCUUUUCGAAGUUCUACAGCCGGAACGGUUCUCUCAACCCGGUGACGGUGUCCUCAUAGCCUAGGACUCACCAGGCCUUCACUCAGCCCUCCUCCUCAUCUCCAACAGGACUAGCUUUUGCUCCAUGUCUGAGUUGCAGGAAAGCUUUGCGAGGACAGAGGAGGAAGCCUUGGUCUGAUUUCAGAUCCUGCAGCCUGUCCUUGAAUCUGGUUGUGGGAAAAGCUGCCACUAAGUGGCUGUCGCUUUUUUUUUUAAAUAUAUUUUUUGUUAUCCCCACACAGUACAGCCAUCUGCUUCUCUUUUUAAAGAGGAAAUCCUAGUUGCAACAUAAUGGAAAGUACAAGUGUGUUCACUGUUUGGCUUAUGUCCUCCAGUUCUGAAGGAGACUAGAACUGGGGGAAGUGUUUACCUUCAGUCAGUGUUAAAAUGGUAUUUUAAGCAUUUUUACUUCAAACUGUUUGAUAGCUGUUGAUAUGUCUGUUGUCCUGGCAUACUGAGGUGUGUGUAACAUGUUGUGAGGUCAAGCCUGGUUAUCUGAUCCUUUACACUUUCUCCAGAGCCGUGAGUGAGGCGUCUUCUGACCUCACAUGAGUUGUGGAAAAGUCAGAGUUGCGUCAGACUUGAAAAGAGGCAAAGGUGAUGUUAACAUAUUCCAGAAAGAUUCAGCUGCACCACAAUUGUUGAAACGUUGAAAGCAAUCAAAAUAUUUAUGUGUACUUUUCCCUGAGUGUGUGAUUCACCUGGCUUCCAGCAGCGAGGCUGGGAGUUGUUCGAAUGUAUGCUUUUUUGCUUGAAACCGUACUCCUAUUUUCCAUGAAAAAUGACUGUGGUCCAACAGCUUCAUGUAGAACACUGCAGCAUGCGUUCAUCAGCACUGGCUCAGUGAAAUGUGAAAUGUUGGAUGGUUGAGGAACUGCUUCUGAGCACUCGAUAGUUAAUCAGCAGGGUUGGUCAAUCUACGUAUGCCCACGUCUGUACGGAAAGCGAUGCAUGGAAUAAAGUUUUUUCCGGAUUUGGUUCAGUUAUCUAUUUUAGGAUUUAACCUAAUUCUUCACGCAAAGAAACUUCAGUCCGCCUCCGCCUGUCAACUUGUAUAUUUUCUUACACUUUCGGUUCCUUCAUGGCUGAGAUGGCCUCUUUUUUGUUGUUUUAGUCACCGACUCAUUUUUGUCUUAUCUGUUAAAGUUUUUGAGGAUCUCUCUGCUAGUUUGCACAGCUGCACACUUCCGUAUCCUGUUGGAAAUGUCCUGCGGGAGGAACGUUGGCCAUUUGGAAAUGGAGUCUUUGUAAAUCUUAGUGGGAGAUCCAGACUCGUCUAAGCUGUGACUACCUGCUGACCGGGGUCUACAGAUACUAGUGUGGGCUGCCCGACAUGCUUGUACCCAUCUUGUACACUGUAUGCUGGACACUUUUCUCUGUUCUCACAUUGCUUUUACCUUCUUUUUACACUUCCCAGAAUAAAAAAAAAACACACAUUAUCAGC